UUUAAUGAAUUUAAUUAAACUUUUCUCAAUAGUUUAAAUUAAAUUUUGAAAUUAGUUUUAUUUACAUAGUUUUAUCUGUCUAUUUAAAUCAGAUUUAAUGGAAAUAGUUUUAAUUAUUAAUAAAUAGAUCUGGUGAUAAUAAACAAUAUUUUCAAUGUUUACACACCGGAAUUAUUUUCAAAGUUUUCAAAGUUUUCAAAGAAAAAGAAGAAUUCUUCCCCGAAGAAAAAAUCGUUAAUAAUUGUAACUUUUUCUCGGUACUAUUUAAGUUUUUUGUUCAAGGUCCAGUGUUUGAUCUAUAUCCUACGCCUUGGAUACCAAAGAAGUAUUUCAUAGCCUAUCUUUUAAGUCUGUCAAAUCAUUUUCAAAAUUUACCCUUUUCUAUUACUUUUACAAAAAUAAAUAAUGCUAAAUUUCUACCGAGUGUAAAUAACGAUUUUUUUUGCAAUAUUUUAAGAACAAGUAAUUGUAUUUUUCAAUGCAAGUAAAUGUACAAUUUUCUACUAUUGAUAAAAUGGAUAAAAUGCAAUAAAAUGUCAAAAAGUCUAUUUACUGUUCAGUCAUUUUUAUAAGAAAAAAAACUUUACAAUGUAUUCGAGUAUAGUCAAAGAAACAGAAACAGGAAUUCCUCAAUUAUCAAAUAUACAAAAGACUUUAAACAAAAACUUACCUGAAAGACUUCAAUCUUCUCAAGAUGAAAAAUAUCCGGAAAUAUCGAUGAAAACGUUUCUUGAUUUUAUGAGAACAGCCUAUCAAGUAAAUAAUUGUUUUGAUUUAAAUUCACUGCUUAGUGAAAAAAGUGAAAUCGAUUGGAAUGCUCUAGUGAAAACUGAUUUGGACGUAAUAACCGAAGAAACAUCACCUGAGGAACAAAUUACAAAAAAUGAUUCCCCAGAAUGUGAAAAUUCACAAAUUUCAAAAGAAGAAAUCGAAUCGAAAACUUCUCCAAAAUGUGAAAAUCAAAAUGAAGCUUCUUGUGAUAUACAAACAAAUUCGAUUGCGAAUAAAACAACAAGUGAAGCAAAAGAACUGCAGCAGGAAAUCGAAGAGAAAAAAUUACGAAACGAUGGAAUGAAACUAAGAAAAAAAUCCUGCGAAACUGUUGAAUUUAAAGAAACAUUUUUAUCGAAAUCGAUGAAAAAAAAAUUAAGCGAAGUUCUUCACGAAGGUUUUUUGGACUCUGUGCUGCCUUACAUGGUGCCAAAAUCUGCCUCUCAACCAGCUAUUAAAAAAUCCUCUGCAACAAAUCACAAUACAAAGAAAACUCUCUCCGCCAAUAAUUUGGAAUCAAAAGCAUCGACUUCAAUUUUUAAGGACAAAGACAAGAGUCUUCUAGACAAAAAGAUUAGCGAUACCGAGAUCGAAAUUCACGUGUGUGAUGAGGCAAAAAACGUGAAGAGAGAUUUCCGUUGUCCGCAAAAAUUAUUAAUUCAAAAAAUGUGCUAUUUCGCUGACGUGACUGCCGGGCAAAAAUUAGAAGAAAUGGACAUAUCGGUCCACUGUGAUAUUGUAAUUUUCGAUUGGCUAAUGAGAUGGGUAAAAAAGGAUUUAAUCAAAAAAUCCGAAUGGCCAAUUCUCGAGCCGAAUAACGUCAUUCCCAUAAUGGUAUCGGCUUCUUUUCUCCAAAUGGAUCCAUUGACGGAAACUUGUCUUAAUUACAGUUUUCACAAUAUGUCCGAAGUAUUAAAGACUUCGACAGUCAUGACUUGUUUAAAUGACAAUCUUCUCACUAGAUUAGCCAAUUUAUUCAGCAACUCGGAUCUCGAGAUGAUAAAAGACAAGAAAGAUAAGAUACAAAGUCGUUUAUUUUGCAAAUUGAUUAUAUCCUUGGGAGAAGUCACACCCGAUAAUAAGCGAGGACACUUUAGUUCAUUGGCCACAUUAUUCAAAUGUGGAAAAUGUGGCAAAAACAUAGUGAGAUCAAUUUCCGAUUUUGUUCCCUGUAUUCCAAGUGCAAUGCUACUUGACAGUAGAGGAAAUCUACAUAGCAAACACACCAGGGAUCCCUCUUGGAAUUUAAAUGAUUACAUUACAUUGCUUCGAAAUGAAUUGAAAUCAUGGAGAAAAGUCUAUUGGCGAUUGUGGGGCGAUUGUCAUUUUAUAUCGUGUCAACAAUGUGAAAAUUAUUUUCCAAUUAAUCAAAUGGAUUGGUGCUCCUAUCAUCCGGAAGUGCCACAAUUUUUUGUACUUGAACAACAAAGAGCUUCGCCAUUUCCACUUGGUAGAUAUCCGUGUUGCAGUCAAAGGGCCUAUAGAUUUGAAGCGUUACCCAACAAAGAGGGCUGCAAAUUUCGGGAGCAUAUACCGCACUUGAAAUCGGAGCAAGAUGAAGGCACUUUGAACGUUUUUGCAAAUCAUCGGGACAUAAUAGUUAUAGAGCCACCGCAAUUAUUUUUUCCUGAAAAAAUCACAAGACUCGCAGCGCGAGAUUCUUCGAUUCCAGCGGGAAAAUUGUCGUGUAAAGAAAUCAUGUGGUGGGAAGGAAUCGAACUGGUGCCUCCUCGACAGAAACUAGGAUUACUUGGAAAAAUUUGGAGCGGUUCGGGAUUUCGCAAACCUUGCGCGCCACUCGAGAAGACAAUGAGUAGUAAAGCGCGACAAUUGUCACAAACAACAGACGCUUCGUCACCAAUUUCAUCCGAAACAGAAAGUGAUGACGACAAUUUAACAAGUGGUUGCAAGUACAGCAGUUUCGAUGACGACACACUAAGCAGCGAGGAAUCGAAUGUUUUACCAUCGCUCAAAUCGAGCCGACACAAAAUAAAACCCCGUCCUGGCAAAAGAAGCGAUGGUGGUGGGUCUUGGAGUGCAAAUUUACUAACUAGAUACAAUCAAGACAAUCAGAGGGAUUUCGAAGAGAAAGCCGCAGCACAAAUGAUAACAAUGCUAACAAAGAGAAUAUUAUUUCAAAAUGGUUUAAUGGCAAAAACGUAUCAGCAUGGAAAAUUGCAUGGAUACUAUUGGAAUAUUUACGCGCCCAUAGGCGGGACCUACGUGAAAUUGGAAGCAGACUUCCUCGAGCAAAUACAAGCGUCAAAAUCGAAAAAUUCAUCGCAAGUCAAGGGCACAAGAAACAAAUCCGCGAAAACAAACUAGUUACCAAUUUCCUUUGUUAAAUUUUACAUAAAUAAUACGUUAGAUUGUUAAAAAAGUAUUUAAAGAAACUGUUGCACAAUUUUGUUAAAUAUUUGAACAUUUUCGUUAAUAAAAUUAUUCAAUAUUGAA